AUGACACAGACCGGAUCUACCAAUCGGAAACUUUCCAUCCUCUUUCUUUUCUUCAUUGGAAUCCUGAUUGCAACUCUAUUCCUUUCCGUUAUCUUCACCUUCAAAUCAUCUGACUCAAUCAUAUCUCUUUCCCGAUCACAAUCCAUUGACAAAUACAACUGUAACGCCAACAACCCUCCAAGGUUUGACCUCGAAUCCGUUUCGACAUUCUACGAUGAUCACAGUUUUGGAUACACCUUUGAUAAGCCCGUCAAGAAUUGGGAUAAAAAAAGACUGCGGUGGCUAAAACUUCACCCUUCAUUUUGCAGAUCAAACAAACAGAUUUUUCUGGUGACAGGAUCACAAUCAAAACCCUGCAAGAACCCUAAAGGCGAUCACUACUUACUCCGCUUUUACAAGAACAAAGUGGAUUACUGUCGGAUCCAUGGGUAUGAUAUCUUCUACAACAAUGUGUUACUGGAGCCCAAAAUGAGCCAUUGUUGGGCCAAGUUACCUGCUGUUAGAGCCGCGAUGGUUGCGCACCCGGAGGCUGAGUGGAUAUGGUGGAUCGAUGAAGACGCAGUGUUUACAGAUAUAGAUUAUAAGGUCCCAUUAGAGCGGUACAAAGAUCGAAAUUUUAUUGUGCAUGGGUGGCCAAGAGAGGUAUACGAGGAGAAAAAUUGGCUAGGUUUAAAUGCAGGCUCGUUUUUAAUCAGAAACUGCCAAUGGUCAUUAGAUUUCUUGGAAAAAUGGGCUGACAUGGGGCCCCAAUCGAAAAACCGAGAGAAAUGGAGUAAAUUAUUGUCGGAAACAUUUAAUCAUGAAGCUGAUGAUCAAACUGCACUUGCGUAUCUGCUCCUAAAAGAUAAGGAGGAAAAUGAGUCUAACAAAACUUAUAUCGAAAUGGAGUAUUAUCUGGAAGGAUAUUGGGCGGUUAUCGCGGAUACUUUGAAAAACAUCACAAACAGAUAUAACAAGAUAGAGAAGGAAAACAAGAUGUUGAAAAGGCGGCAUGCGGAGUUAGUGACGGAGAGGUAUGCCGAGCUCUGGGAACCGUAUUUGAAAGACGCCGGAAGCUGGAGGCGGCCGUUUGUGACGCAUUUCGCAGGUUGUCAGCCCUGCAGUGGCCAUCACAACCCGUCCUUCUCAAUGCUAACUUGUUGGAAGGCCAUGGAGAAAGUUUUGAAUUACGCUGAUAAUCAAGUGCUCCGUAAUUACGGUUUUAAACACCCCGAUUUGUCGGAUUCAUCACUGGUUUCGUCAUUGCCAUUUUAG